AGACCUGAGAAACCAGAAGCUGUCAUCCAGUUAACUCCAUUCUGCCCUCUGUCUUGAAGCAUGCCAUGCUGCGGUUGUCCUCUCCUGUGAAUAGGUAUAUUUUUGGAGAUUUUAGCCCUGAUGAAUUCAAUCAAUUCUUUGUGACUCCUCGCUCUUCAGUUGAGCUUCCUCCAUACAAUGGAUCAGUUCUGUGUGGCACACAGGCUGCAGAUGAACUACCUGAUGGACAAGAAUAUCAGAGAAUUGAGUUUGGUGUUAAUGAAGUAAUUGAAUCCAAUGACACUUUGCAGAGAACUCCCAACUACAGUAUUUCAAGCACAUUGAACCCUCAGGCCCCUGAAUUUAUUCUUAGUUGCACAACUUCCAAAAAGACCCCUGAUGACAUAGAUAAAGAAGCCAACUACAGCUCCAUUGACUGCCAGUACCCAGGCUCUGCCCUUGAUUUGGAUGGCAGUUCCAAUGCAGAAGCGGAAGUUUUGGAAAACGAUGGCACCUCGGGUGGUCUUGGACAAAGGGAGCGUAAAAAGAAGAAAAAACGUCCACCUGGAUAUUAUAGUUACUUGAAAGAUGGCAGCGAGGGUAAUAUUUCCCCCAUGGUCAAUGGCCAUGCCAGUCUAACAAUCCUGAACCACAUAUGCACAGAGGAUGUAGAGUUGAUGGGCGAUAUGCCCUUGCUGGGAACACCCAGGACUUGUAGCAGCCCAGCCCUGGACAGCAAUGCUAGGACUGCAGGGCCACCUGAGGGCUGCCAGGGGCCUGACUUUGAACAGGCCUGCCUUCCUGCAGAGGCUGACACGGACAGCCUGUUGAGGACAGCUGUGGCUCACCCUUAUGUUGGGACUGAUACUACUGAAAACCUUGGCGUUACUAACGGACAAAUACUUGAAUCCUUGGGUGAGGGCUCAGCUGCCAAUGGGAUGGAGUUGCACACUGUCGAAAGCUCGGACUCGGACCCAGCUAAGGCCGAGAGCACUUCCCCUCCCGCCGAGGCCCUGGCCUCUGUGGCGGGCACCACUCCUGUCAGUCAGCCUAAGUCAUGGGCCAGUCUUUUCCAUGAUUCUAAGUCCUCUUCCUCCUCGCCUGUGGCUUCUGUGGAAACUAAGUAUUCCCUUCCUGCCACAUCUCCCCUGGUCUCUGAAAAGCAGGCUGAAAUCAAGGAAGGGCUUGUUCCGGUUUCAGAGGAUCCUGUAGCCAUAAAGAUUGCAGAGUUACUGGAGAAUGUAACCCUAAUACAUAAACCAGUUUCAUUGCAACCCCGUGGACUGAUCAACAAAGGAAACUGGUGCUACAUUAAUGCUACACUGCAGGCACUGGUUGCUUGCCCUCCGAUGUAUCACCUGAUGAAGUUCAUUCCUCUGUAUUCAAAAGUGCAAAGACCUUGUACUUCAACACCCAUGAUAGACAGCUUUGUUCGGCUAAUGAAUGAGUUUACUAAUAUGCCAGUACCUCCAAAACCCAGACAAGCUCUUGGGGAUAAAAUCGUGAGGGAUAUCCGCCCUGGAGCUGCCUUUGAACCCACAUAUAUUUAUAGACUCCUGACAGUCAUCAAGUCGAGCCUGUCUGAAAAGGGUCGACAAGAAGAUGCCGAGGAAUACUUGGGCUUCAUUCUAAAUGGACUUCAUGAGGAAAUGUUGAACUUAAAGAAACUUCUCUCACCAAAUAAUGAUAAACUUCCUAUUUCCAAUGGACCCAAAAGCUACUCAAUUAAUGAGGAAGAGCAGGAAGAACCAGGUGAAGGAAGUGAGGACGAAUGGGAGCAAGUGGGCCCCAGAAAUAAGACUUCAGUCACUCGCCAGGCGGACUUCGUUCAGACCCCAAUCACUGGCAUUUUUGGGGGACACAUCAGGUCUGUGGUUUACCAGCAGAGUUCAAAAGAAUCUGCCACCUUGCAGCCAUUUUUCACGCUGCAGUUGGAUAUCCAGUCUGACAAGAUCCGUACCGUCCAGGAUGCAUUGGAAAGCUUGGUGGCAAGAGAAUCUGUCCAAGGUUAUACCACAAAAACCAAACAAGAGGUGGAGAUUAGCCGGAGGGUGACCCUGGAAAAGCUUCCUCCUGUCCUCGUGCUGCACCUGAAACGAUUUGUUUACGAGAAGACUGGCGGAUGUCAGAAGCUCAUAAAAAAUAUUGAAUAUCCUGUGGACUUGGAAAUUAGUAAAGAGCUGCUUUCUCCAGGAGUUAAAAAUAAGAAUUUUAAAUGCCACAGAACCUAUAGACUAUUUGCAGUGGUCUACCAUCACGGCAGCAGUGCGACGGGUGGUCACUACACUACGGACGUCUUCCAGAUUGGUCUGAAUGGCUGGCUGCGCAUCGAUGACCAGAUGGUCAAGGUGAUUAACCAAUACCAGGUGGUGAAGCCCGCUGCAGACCGCACAGCCUACCUCCUCUAUUAUCGCCGAGUGGACCUGCUGUAGCCGCCUGUGCGCUGUGUGUGCCGACACCUGCUUGUAGAACCAACUCUCACUGACUUCUUUCCUCUCUUUAGUGGCUCUUUAGAGAGAAACUCUUCCUCCCUUUUGCAGAAAUGGGCUAGAAUGAAAAGGAGAUGCCUUGGGUUUGUGCACAACAUAGUUUAUGGUGUUUUCUAACUUCCAAAUCAAAUCACUUGGUUGAAACAGACUGUCGCUUGAUUUGAGAAAAUACACAAAAAUCCGUAAUUUUGAAAUGAUGCUGAUUCCUGAGUUGGAGGGGAACUUGCAUUUGAUUUCCAGUCUGAUUGCUUAGUAGGAUGAGUUCUGCACCAGCAACGACACUUGUAAAUUUGUGAAAAUGACUUUUAUCUUUCCUUAAAAAAUGAAUUUUUUAAUCCAUCACACUUUCUUCCCUCACCCUUUAGUUUUUGAUAAAUGAUAAAAAUGAGCCGGUUAUUGGAGAAGAAAUAGUUCUUCAAAAAAAAUAAACACAAAAAAAUGAGUUGCUGGUUUUUACUAGGAAAAAACAACACAUUUUAAUAAUUGUGUGACGAGAAACUGCUUACUUACACAUUACAGAUCAAAUAUUUGGAGUUAAGGUCUUAGUCACAUAGAUGGGUGAUGGUAACCUUAUUGCCAUGAAAAGAUUUCAAAUUGCAUUCAUGCUUCUGUGUACACAUAAUGAAAUAUGGGCAAAAUAAUGAAGAUUGAUCUCAAGUCCACUCUGUUUACUUUUGCUGCCUGCUCUUCUCUAAUGCCGCGUCUCCAGUUGUACACAGUUUAGUGAUGCCUAGGAUAUCAAGUUGUCGCCCAUUAAUAAAAAUCACUAAGUUGGUCUAACA